CCUACCUUUUACUGCGUAGGUACGAAGUACGCGCACCUUGUCUUGUCCGUCCCGUCACCUCCGCAACAACCUAACCUCCCCUUACCUUACGCAGAAGACCACACCACUGGACCCUUUCCGGCGCCUACAUAUAAACACCCGGCCUCGCUUCAUCCCCAGGCCCCCUUUGACCCGACCUCCAUUUGAUCUCUUCCCACUCAUACCCCUUGUCACACCCCGCGAUACCCUGCUUCGCAGCGCAUCACUGCAUUGAAGCUUCAUUCUCCUAGAUACACAGAUCCAUUGUCUACAACGACUUCAUACCGCCGACGCCGUCUUACUACCGCCAUUACAGUCGGUUAACGUCACUCCCGACAUCAUGCAUCGCACAUACUCCAUGCGCCAGUCGAGGGCGCCCACCGCCUCUCAGAUCCAAAACCCGCCUCCGCCGCCUUCUUCCACCAAGUCUGGUCGCCUGUUCAAGGGAGGAUUUGGCCAUGCCCUCCGCCACAAGUCAGCCGGUGCCUUCGGCCCAGACCUCGCAAAGAAGCUUUCCCAGCUGGUCAAGAUGGAGAAGAAUGUCAUGCGCAGUCUCGAGCAGGUAGCGAGAGAACGUAUGGAGGUUGCUCAACAACUUUCCAUUUGGGGCGAGGCUUGCGACGAGGAUGUAUCUGAUGUAACCGACAAGCUUGGAGUUCUGCUCUACGAAAUCGGCGAACUCGAGGACCAAUACGUCGACCGUUAUGAUCAAUACCGUGUUACGAUCAAGAGCAUUCGUAACAUUGAAGCUUCCGUCCAACCUAGCCGAGACCGCAAGCAAAAGAUCACCGACCAGAUCGCCCAGCUCAAGUACAAGGAGCCCAACUCCCCCAAGAUUGUCGUUCUUGAACAGGAGCUGGUGCGUGCCGAGGCUGAAUCGUUGGUCGCAGAGGCUCAGCUGUCCAACAUUACGCGCGAGAAGAUCAAAGCUGCCUAUACCUACCAAUUCGAUGCUCUGAGAGAGCACUGCGAAAAGGUUGCCAUUGUCGCCGGCUACGGAAAGCACCUGCUCGAGCUGAUUGACGACACCCCCGUCACUCCCGGAGAGACGCGUGCAGCUUAUGACGGAUAUGAAGCUAGCAAGGCCAUCAUCCAGGAUUGCGAGGAUGCUUUGACCAACUGGGUCACGUCCCAAGCUGCUGUGUCUUCCAAGCUGUCAACUCGUGCACGCACCCUGUCAACUCGCCGCAGAAAUAACAUCAGGGCACGUGCUGAGGGAGGUCACGACCUUUCGGGGCAAGAUGUUCCAUUGAACGACGAUUCGUCGUGGACCCGGGCCCAUAACAAGGAAACCGAGUAUAGCGAUGAGGACGAAGAGGAGGAUGAUAUCCACCACUCUGCUGUUGGUACCGAUGACGGUCUCGGCGGUGAGACGAGAGGCCGCCAGCACGAAAGUGUUGUCGCAUAAGACGAUGACCAGAUGUCUCUGAACUCGAGUCAACCCUUCUUGCUGUUGGCAUUGGACGGCAUUGAGCACAUAGCUCGUAAUGGCAGUAAUGUUCGGGUUUUGGCAAAAGCCAAGGAAAGCGUUUGAUGCAGGUGUUUAGGAAUCGGUGCCUCGGUAAUCUAGUCGAGGUCGACUUGCUACGGUGAAAUAGGAUGGAAUUUUAUGGUUUAAAAUAGUGCCUU